AUGGCCUGCCUGAGUCCCUCACAGCUCCAGAAGUUUCAGGAGGAUGGAUUCCUGGUGCUGGAAGGGUUCCUGUCUGCAGAUGAGUGUGAGGCCAUGCAGAGGAGGAUUGGUGAGAUUGUGGCCGAGAUGGAUGUCCCUCUCCACUGUCGCACGGAAUUUUCUACCCAGGAGGAGGAGCAGCUGCUUGCCCAGGGCAGCACAGACUAUUUCUUAAGCAGCGGUGACAAGAUCCGAUUCUUCUUUGAGAAAGGCGUCUUUGAUAAACAAGGAAAUUUCCUGGUCCCACCAGAGAAAUCUAUCAACAAAAUUGGCCAUGCCCUGCAUGCCCAUGACCCCAUCUUCAGGUGCGUCACACACUCCCCCAAGGUGCAGGCUUUGGCCAGAAGUCUGGGCCUCCAGAUGCCUGUGGUUGUGCAGAGCAUGUAUAUCUUUAAGCAACCUCACUUCGGAGGCGAAGUCACCCCUCACCAGGACGCAUCCUUCCUGUACACGGAGCCCCUGGGCCGGGUGCUGGGCCUGUGGAUCGCGCUGGAAGACGCCGCGCUGGAGAACGGCUGCCUCUGGUUCAUCCCUGGCUCCCACAGAGGUGGAGUGUCGAGAAGGAUGGUCCGGGCCCCUGCUGGCUCGGCGCCUGGCACCAGCUUCCUUGGGUCGGAGCCAACCCGGGAUAACAGCCUCUUUGUGCCCACACCAGUGCUGAGAGGGGCCCUCGUCCUGAUCCAUGGAGAAGUGGUGCACAAGAGCGAGCGGAAUUUCUCUGACCGUUCGCGCCAGGCCUACACUUUCCACCUCAUGGAGGCCGCUGGCACCGUCUGGAGCCCAGAUAACUGGCUCCAGCCGACCCCCGAGCUGCCCUUUCCCCCACUGUACAUCUAA